UGAGUGCGAGCCACGGCGGGCAGCGGGUGGGGCCUCCGCAGGGCAGAGGCACUGGGGAGUGGGGCGACGCCUGUCAACGCUCCAGGCCCAACGGGAGGACGCGCCAACAUCCCGCUGCUGCACUCGGCCCCGGGGCAAGCCGCCGCUGCUCCCACCUUUGGGCUGCCACUGCAGAGAGCAGGCGGAGCCUAGAACCGAGCUCUUCCUCCCCGAGGGCAGCAUCUUGGCCCCCCACCCCACCCCCACAAUGCACUGCUGGCCCUGGGGGCUGCUGCUGACCGCAGGCGUACUGUCCGCUGCACUGAGCGUCCGCCAGCCUGCGCCCUCUGACCCUUGCCAUGAUGAGGGGGGAGCACCUCGGAGCUGCGUGCCAGGCCUGGUGAACGCGGCCCUGGGCCGCCAGGUGCUGGCGUCCAGCACGUGCGGGAGGCCAGCUACUGGGGCCUGUGAUGCCUCCGACCCCCGGCGGGCACACCCUGCCGCACUUCUGACCUCUGCAGAAGGCACAGCAAGCCCUCUGUGUUGGCGCUCAGACUUGCUGCCUCAUGCUCCCCUCAAUGUGACCCUCACAGUGGCUCUUGGCAAGGCUUUUGAGCUGGUCUUCCUGAGUCUGCGCUUCUGCUCAGCUCCCCCAGCUUCUGUGGCCCUGCUCAAGUCACAGGACCAUGGCCACAGCUGGGCUCCACUUGGCUUCUUCUCCUCCCACUGUGCCUUGGAUUAUGGCCGCCUGCCUGCUCCUGCCCAUGGCCCAGCUGGCCCAGGGCCUGAGGCCCUGUGCUUCCCUGCACCCCAAGCCCAGCCUGAUGGUGGUGGCCUUCUGGCCUUCAGCGUGCAGGAUGGCAGCCCAGCAGGCCUGGAUCUGGACAGCAGCCCGGUGCUUCAGGACUGGGUGACUGCCACAGACAUCCGUGUCGUGCUCACACGGCCUGCCACUCUAACAGACACCACAGUCUCAUACUCUUAUUCAGCAACAGAGCUCCAGGUGGGCGGUCGCUGCAAGUGUAAUGGGCAUGCCUCACGGUGCCUGCUGGAUACCCAAGGCCAUCUGAUCUGCGACUGCCAGCAUGGCACUGAGGGCCCUGACUGCGGCCGCUGCAAGCCCUUCUACUGUGAUAGGCCGUGGCAGCGGGCCACAGCCCGGGAAUCCCACGCCUGCCUUGCUUGCUCCUGUAACAGCCAUGCCCGUCGCUGCCGCUUCAACAUGGAGUUGUACCGACUGUCUGGCCGCCGCAGUGGGGGAGUCUGCCUCAACUGCCGGCACAACACUGCUGGCCGCCACUGCCACUACUGCCGGGAAGGCUUCUAUCGAGACCCUGGCCAUGCCCUGAGUGACCGUCGUGCUUGCAGGGCUUGCGACUGUCACCCCGUGGGUGCUGCUGGCAAAACCUGCAACCAGACCACAGGGCAGUGUCCCUGCAAGGACGGGGUCACUGGCCUCACCUGCAACCGCUGUGCCCCUGGCUUCCAGCAGAGCCGCUCACCAGUGGCACCUUGUGUUAAGACGCCCAUCCCUGGACCCACUGAGGAGAGCAGUCCUGUGGAGCCCCAGGACUGUGACUCGCACUGCAGACCUCCCCGCGGCAGCUACCGUAUCAGCCUAAAGAAGUUCUGCAGAAAGGACUAUGCGGUGCAGGUGGUGGUGGGAGCACGUGGCGAGGCACGCGGCGCGUGGACGCGCUUCCCGGUGGCUGUGCUGGCUGUGUUCCGGAGCGGCGAGGAGCGCGCGCGGCGAGGGAGCAGCGCGCUGUGGGUGCCAACCCAGGAUGCGACCUGCGGCUGUCCACAUUUAUUACCCGGCCGCCGCUACCUGUUGCUGGGGGACGGACCGGGAGCUGCUGUCGGGGGCUCAGGUGGCCGGGGGCCUGGGCUCAGCGCAUCCCGCGGAAGCCUUGUGCUGCCCUGGAGGGACGCGUGGACGCGACGCCUGCGUAGGUUGCAGCGGCGGGACCGGCAGGGACGUUGCAGAGCGGCCUGAGCCCGCGGGCGGGGCGGGGAAAUGGGUGGGACGCUGCGCCCACAACCAGGCGCACGUUCCUCCGGUGCCUUCCCUUGCAGAGAAUCUUUCGUCGCUUCACGCCUGCAGCUAUCUGGGCCUCUCUCCUGUCCCCGCCGACACCUCCCUCAGUGCCUCACGCCUGCGUCCCCGGGGGUGGGGGACCCCGGGGGUGUAACCGACACUGCAACAACUGUCCCCAACAUGGAAGUGCUGAAUAACCCCAGAGAGCUGCUUGGAGGCUUCUUAGGAAGCUGUCAUCCCCAGGGCUCCUCUGUCUUCCCAUCCUCACGCUGCCUGUCCUCUCCAAGGGCCACUGUGAUACCUCCAGGUUGUGAACGCCCUUAUGAUGCCAGGACCUCUGGGGUCAGAAACCAUCCUAAGGGCCACUAUGAUUCAUACCCUGCCCUCCGACGCAGUGAUCCACCCGCGAGCGCUCUGACUUCCCCAAAAGGCACGGUGGCCCCCAUAGACGCGGUG